CAGUCCCUUUUCAUUCAAGAUGGCGGGUGAUGAGUCUGGUACAACGUUCGGACAGCCUCAUCUGGCCAAACAAGACCUCAAUUCUCUGGACGUGUCCACCUUGACGCCGCUCUCUCCAGAGAUCAUCAGCAGACAGGCCACCAUCAACAUCGGAACCAUCGGUCAUGUGGCUCACGGAAAGUCCACGGUAGUGAAAGCCAUUUCUGGUGUUCACACCGUCAGGUUCAAGAACGAGCUGGAGAGGAACAUCACCAUCAAGCUGGGAUAUGCUAACGCUAAGAUCUACAAGCUGAAUGACCCGAGCUGUCCCAGACCUGAGUGUUACCGGUCGUGUGGCAGCAGCACUCCCGACGAGUUCCUCACAGACCUCCCCGGAACCAAAGGAAACUUCAAACUGGUCCGACACGUGUCCUUCGUGGACUGUCCCGGCCACGACAUUCUGAUGGCCACCAUGUUGAACGGAGCCGCAGUGAUGGACGCCGCCCUCCUGCUCAUCGCGGGGAACGAGUCGUGUCCUCAGCCUCAGACGUCGGAACAUCUGGCCGCCAUUGAGAUCAUGAAGCUGAAGCACAUCCUGAUCCUCCAGAACAAGAUCGACCUGGUGAAGGAGAGCCAGGCCAAGGAGCAGUACGAGCAGAUCCUGGCCUUUGUGCAGGGCACGGUGGCCGAAGGCGCUCCCAUCAUCCCCAUCUCGGCGCAGCUAAAGUACAACAUCGAGGUGGUUUGUGAGUACAUCGUGAAAAAGAUCCCCGUUCCCCUCAGAGACUUCACCUCCGAACCCAGACUCAUCGUCAUCAGAUCUUUUGAUGUGAACAAGCCGGGUUGUGAGGUGGACGACCUGAAGGGGGGCGUGGCUGGAGGAAGCAUCCUGAAGGGUGUGCUGAAGGUGGGUCAGGAGCUCGAGGUCCGGCCUGGCAUCGUCUCCAAAGACCACGAAGGAAAACUGAUGUGUAAACCCAUCUUCUCCAAGAUUGUGUCUCUGUUCGCAGAACACAACGACCUUCAGUACGCUGCACCGGGAGGCCUCAUCGGCGUCGGCACAAAGAUCGACCCGACUCUGUGCCGAGCGGACCGGAUGGUGGGUCAGGUCCUGGGAGCCGUCGGGGCUCUGCCGGAGAUCUUCACGGAGCUGGAGAUCUCCUACUUCCUCCUGAGACGGCUGCUGGGGGUCCGCACCGAGGGAGACAAGAAGGCUGCCAAGGUCCAGAAGCUGUCCAAGAACGAGGUUCUGAUGGUCAACAUCGGCUCGCUGUCCACAGGAGGCCGGGUCAGUGCCGUCAAGGCCGACUUGGCCAAGAUCGUGCUCACCAACCCGGUGUGCACGGAGGUGGGAGAGAAGAUCGCUCUGAGCCGGCGUGUGGAGAAACAUUGGCGUCUGAUCGGCUGGGGACAGAUCCGGAGAGGCGUAACCAUCACACCCACGGUGGACGAUGACUGAAAACCAGACCGGGACCAGGACUGGCCCACCGGACCAGGACCGGACCACUCCUUUAGGCUUGUUUUUUAUUCUCACGUUUCAGGAGGACGAGGACAAAACAUGGACAUUUCUCUGAUUCAAAGACGCUCCUCCGUCUCCUGCAAUGGAGGAGGAGCGUCCUAACAAUCCUCCACACACUGGGAGUCCAGUCAGAACAGAACCGGUCCGGUUCUGGCUGCAGAUCCAGAUGGAAUAAAUAAAUCUGAAAAGAA